AGUUGCUAAUAAGAGCUCACCACAGGAUAUAGCACUGGAAUAGGGUUGCAUACGAAGCAAAAAGAUCUCUAAAAUGGAAUCCGCCAGGUUUCUAACCGUUCUUCUCGCUGUCUUGUGUCUCACAGGUUUUACACAUGCAGCGCCACAUUCCAACAAAUGUACAAGAGGAGUCAGCGGUACCGUAUGCGGCAAUAAUGGUGUUACCUACAAUGACGCGUGCGAUGUCGAUGAUGAUGACGAUGACACAAAUGGAAAUGGAGGAGUACAAGUAGCGCAUUCAGGGCCAUGCCAUGGAGAGGGAGGUUACGCCCCUCAUGCUCCAGCUGUACCAUUUGCCCCGCCUGUUCCCGCCGCUCCACAUGCACCCGCCGCCCCUCGUGCUCCAGUUGUACCUUACGCACCCCAUGCUCCAACGGAGGGUGUCACAAGCGGAGAAACUGGAUAUGGGCACGCUCCAUCCCCUGGAGCAGGAUAUGCCCCGGCAUCUGGAGGAUAUGCUCCCGCACCCCAUGCUCCAUUAGCUCCUGCAUAUGCUCCUCAUCCUCCUGCGGGAGGAGUUCAUGGUGGCACAAGUGGAGAGACAGCUUUCGCCCCAGGUGUAGGAUAUGCUCCCGCACCCCACGCUCCAGCGGCUCCUGCUUUUGCUCCUCAUCCCCCAGCGGGAGGAGUUCAUGGUGACACAAGUGGAGAGACAGGUUAUGCUCCAGAUUUAGGAUAUGCUCCUGCACCCCAUGCUCCAGUGGCUCCUGGAUAUGCUCCAGGUGUGGGUUUCGCUCCAGCUGCUCCAGGUGUCGGUUAUGCUCCUGUAGGGGGCGCAGUAGGCUACGGCGUAGACCAAGACGACAGUGACAGCGGAGAGCAUUAUCAUGGACUAGAGGCUGGCAUCGGUGGUCACGCAGGUUACGCUCCAGCAGCUCCAGUCGGUUAUGCUCCAGCUGCCCCUGGUGGAUAUGCUCCUGCCGCACCUGUCGGAUAUGCUCCAGCAGCACCCGGUGCCUAUGCUCCUGUAGGUUAUGCUCCCACUGGCGACUCCGAUUCCGGCUGUGGUGGAUCUGACAGCAGCGACGAAGACGGCUGUGGCUUUGCUGCCCCAUCAGGUGCUGGAGUUCUAGGAGCUGCUGCUCCUGCACCCGGUUUUCCUAACGCACCUCUUGCACCCCAUGCACCAUACGCCCCGCACGCUCCUGUCCCGGGUGUUCCUUACGCCCCCGCUGCCCCUUUCGCUCCUCAUGCUCCAGGUCCCCACGAUGCGUCCUCAGCGGUGGACGAAGAAGAUGAGGAGGAUCAGGAGGAUGAAGAGGACAAUGAUGAAGAAGAUCAAGAUGAAGAAGAUAAAGAUGAAGAAGAUAAAGACAAAGAAGACAAGGAUGAAGAAGACAAGGACAAUGAUGCGGACGAGGAAGACAAAGACAACGCAGACGAGGAGGAAGAUGCAGACAAUGACGAGGAGGACAAGGAAGAUGGGGAUAAGAAAGACGAGGAGGACAAUGGCGAUGAGGAAGACAACGGAGACGAAGAAGACAAAGAUAACGAGGAGGACUGCAGUGGAAAUGACUGUCCAAAGGAACAACGGAAUGCACCGCCCGGAAAUGCAGGCACUGGCAGAUUAGCGAGUCCCAUCUGCGCCGAUUGCCCAUUCCACACCCCUCGAGCGCAGCGUGUGUGCGGCACAAACAAUCGAACCUACAAAAGCCUAUGUCACCUUAAGUUGGCUGCAUGCAGAACGAAUGACCCAAGUCUUAAGCGAGCAAAGAUGGGCAGUUGCAAUUUAUCGCCAAAGACAAUCAACCUGGCUAAUCAGUUUCAGUAACGUAACCGUACUUGAAGUUCGUUUGAUGAUUGGUAGCGUUGUUACGACGGACGCCUUGCUCUGUGUCUUCAAACACCAUCGCAUUAUGCUCAAUACGUGCAUUGGAGAAUGGCUAUUUCAUCAUGCUUGUUUUUAGGUGUAUUGUUGGCAAGAAAAAAAGAAACCCUAACUUAUGUUAUUUAUUACCCUAUUUAACAUUUCACUUAUUUAUUUUUUAUAAUUUUAUUUCAAGGUAAAAGAUAAAGUUCAAAAUUGAUCCUCUAUCACGCAAAGAGAUAUGCUAUUGCAUUUUGUUUGUUAUUAUUAUUAUUGUUGAGAGCAUAAUGCAUAGCUAUAAAUUAUCAUCUUGUCAUAGUUAUAUCUCAAUGUUUGCUUGGAAGUAUAAGAUCUAAUGGUUUUUAUGCAAUAUUAUGUUUAUAUACAUUUCUUUCAGAGACAAUGUAAAGUAUUAUGAUGGUAAAUCUAUGUUUGGUAAUAUAAAGUUCAUAAUCAUUAAUGGUGUUUGUAGUGCUACAAUGAACUUUGGAAGCUUACAAAUUUAUGGAUGCGGUGAUGUCAUCAAUUACUUGCCAAAUCCUCAGUGGAGUUCUUGUUAGUUACAAUUAUAUAGUGGCAUUAUUAUUGUUGAUGGAGUACUGAACAAUAGGUACAAACAUUUAUGGAGGGUUUUGUUUCUUCAAAAAAUUAUUAUUUAUACUAUUUUUCUGCCAAUCAGGAAUACUUGAAUAUUUCUUUAUUUGAUUAUUAUUUUUUUAUUUCGAAAAAGUCAACUCAAAAUAAAUUUGAUUU